UCAUCAUCAUUAUUGUCAUCUCAACCCAACCAACCCAAUCCAGUGAACCCACCCUCGCCCAUUCCCCCCGACCUUUUAAUAUAUACUCUGGCGUCACUAGUCAACUACAGUCUGAUUGUGAUCCUGUUACUGUUGGAUAUCUAUGGCAAGCAGCUUGAGGAGAUGUAAUUUGGGGUUAAUCUUAUCAAGAUUUCAAAGUAUUAGUGGUAGAAGUAGUAACGGAGGGACAAGGUUGAGGAGAUUGUCCACGGCUAUGAUCAGUGAGGAACGGGUGAGUCCCUAUUCUGAAGGAGCCGGGAACAAGUCCAUAAAUCUCUUCUCUGCCAUCAAUCAAGCCCUUCACAUUGCCUUAGAAACUGACUCGCGUGCUUAUGUAUUUGGAGAAGAUGUUGGUUUUGGAGGAGUUUUUCGUUGCACCACUGGAUUAUCUGAUCGAUUUGGCAAACAGCGAGUUUUCAAUACUCCUCUUUGCGAGCAGGGCAUUGUUGGAUUUGCAGUUGGUCUGGCAGCAAUGGGGAAUCGAGCGAUAGCUGAAAUUCAGUUUGCAGAUUAUAUUUUUCCUGCUUUUGAUCAGAUUGUCAAUGAGGCUGCCAAGUUCAGAUACCGGAGUGGCAAUCAAUUUAACUGUGGAGGUUUGACAAUUAGAGCACCUUAUGGAGCUGUGGGCCAUGGAGGACAUUACCAUUCACAAUCCCCUGAAGCUUUUUUCUGUCACGUCCCUGGUAUUAAGGUGGUUAUCCCACGAAGUCCCCAACAGGCAAAAGGGUUGUUAUUAUCUUCUAUCCGUGACCCAAAUCCAGUUGUGUUUUUUGAACCAAAGUGGCUUUACCGUCUGGCUGUGGAAGAGGUUCCAGAAAAUGACUACAUGUUGCCAUUAUCAGAGGCUGAGGUGAUACGAGAAGGUAGUGAUAUAACUCUUGUUGGCUGGGGUGCUCAGCUGUCAGUUAUGGAACAGGCAUGUGUUGAAGCUGAAAAGGAUGGGAUCUCUUGUGAACUGAUUGACCUAAAGACUCUGAUACCGUGGGACAAGGAAAAAAUAGAGUCCUCUGUUAAUAAAACAGGAAGGCUUCUGGUUAGUCAUGAAGCUCCAAUAACGGGUGGAUUUGGUGCUGAAAUUUCUGCCUCUAUCACAGAACGUUGCUUUUUGAGGCUAGAAGCUCCAGUAGCUAGAGUAUGUGGCCUCGAUACUCCUUUUCCUCUUGUUUUUGAACCAUUCUAUCUGCCUACCAAGAACAAGAUACUGGAUGCAAUCAAAUCUACAGUAAAUUAUUAGUGUGUUGGCAUCUUUGCUUCUUCAGAAAUGUGCACAAAAAGGGUUCUUUGUACUCCACCCAUGUUUAUGCUUUCAUUGUUACAGCUCUAGCUAUGACAAGAGCAACCUAUUUCAUCAGCACAGACUGUUGAAAAAAUCAUGUGUGGAUCUAGGCAUUUAAUGCCGUAAAGAAUUAAUGACAUUCUAGCUAGUGUGGUUUAAAUAUUUGAUUUUCAUCGAUUGUCUUAUUCUAAUGGAUGCUUCUCCUUAAA